AUGGUUGCUAAACUUAUUCAAAAUGUGGAAACAAUAUAUGCUGAUUCACUUGAAUCGGGUGAUCGAGAACGCGCAAUGAAACGCCUCCGUGUUCCACCACUCGAACAGAAGGAAUCGUCAAUGGCGACAUUUCGCAUUGGAUUAUUUGUCGGAAUGUUUUGUCUUGUAUUGCCAGCGGUGUUCGCAUUCGGAUUUCUUUUCAAAGAAAGUCAAUUGGGAAAACCAUUACCUUGGCGUGAAGCAUUACUUCUCUAUCGUUCUCCUUGUCUGAUUAUCAUCGAAAUUAUUCUAGUUGGCAUCAAUAUGUAUGGUUGGUCAUCGUCCGGUGUUAAUCAUGUACUUAUAUUCGAAAUCGAUCCACGUAAUCAUAUAACUUACCAGCAAUUACUCGAAAUAGGAACAUGCUUUUUGGUUCUUUGGUUCCUUAGUUUUAUUGGAUUUAUUGUCUCGUCUUAUCUUGACUUUUAUCCAUUCAUACAGCCGCUUAUCUUUGCUGCACUGAUCAUUCUCUUUCUUAUUAAUCCGGCACCAAUACUCUAUCGUCAAAGUCGUUUCUGGUUUUUACAAAAGUUGGCAAAAGUUUUUGCGGCACCGUUUUAUCAAGUUGGUUUUGCCGAUUUUUGGCUUGGCGAACAGCUAUCAUCACUCGAACUCAUUUUUUUCGAUCUUGAAUUCUUUUUUUGUUUUUACGCUUCUGAUCGUAGUUGGUGGUCAUCAAAUUUAACAACAUCAUCAUCACGUCAAGGCGUGUUUUGUACUAGUUGGACAAAGAUACUUCUACAAACAUGUCUACUUAUACUACCAUCCUGGUUUCGUUUUGCACAAAAUCUACGACGAUAUCGUGAUACGAAUCGCGUAACGCUACAUCUUGUCAAUGCAGGCAAAUCUGCAACUGGCUUCUUUGUUGUCAUAACCAAUUCACUUCGACGUGCAACUACUGAAACAUAUUCUAAGAAACCAAUGUCGAAUCCAUUUCUUUAUUUAUGGAUUAUUGCAUCAAUUGUCGGCGCCACAUACAAACUUUUGUGGGAUCUCAAAAUGGAUUGGGGUUUCUUUGAAAAAAAUGCUGGCGAAAAUAAAUAUUUACGUGAUCAUAUUGUCUAUUCAUCGAAAGUUUACUAUUAUGCUGCUAUUAUUGAAAACAUUAUUUUUCGAUACAUUUGGGUAAUUAAUAUAUUUGUGCAUUUUCAUACACAAUCAGCUGAAUAUUCUGAUGUAAUUGGUUUUGCCUUCGGUAUUAUUGAGAUAUUUCGAAGAUUUAUUUGGAAUUUUUUUCGAUUAGAAAACGAACAUUUGAAUAAUUGUGAUGAAUUUCGUGCUGUUCGUGAUAUUUCAAUAGUACCAAUAUCAACUGAUAUCGAUUUUGCUCUGAUCGAUUUUAAAAUGAGCAAAGAACCAGGUAUUCGAAAUCGAACAAGAACAGCAACAAAUGGAAUUAUCUCUGACGAAGACAAUACUACGAUCAGCAGCAGAAUAAGUACGGCAGCAAACGAACAAGAGAAUAAUACAAUAGUAUUGGACUUGGAUCAGAUAUCAACACCCGACAUUGUGACAGUACAACAAGUGGAUGAGUCUGUUAUACCAAGCGCCUUGUCUGUGAGCUUCAGUUCGCUGUCCUCACGAAAUGUUUUUAGUUCACCAUAUUCAAGUUUUCGAAGCAAUAAGAUGACUGAAUUGCUAACAUAUUCACAAUCUACAUAA